AUGACCCAGAUUCGUCUCGGAGCGGUCACGGCUGCCGUUGUCCUUGCCACCGCUCCUGUGGUCAAUGCAUUGGCUAAUGGAGUCGCUCGUUUGCCCGUGCUGGGCUACAAUACUUGGAAUGCAUACGCUUGCAACAUCGAUGAGAAUCUCAUCCUUGAAACAGCCAAUCUCAUGAAGUCCUUGGGACUACAAGAUGCAGGCUAUACUCAUGUUAAUUUGGACGAUUGUUGGGCGGAGAAGAAUCGGAGCGCCGAAGGUCUCCUCGUUCCGAAUUCGGAAAGGUUUCCCAGUGGAUUCAACAAUAUGACGGCUCAGCUACACGCCUUGGGGUUCGAAGCUGGUAUUUACGGCGACUCUGGCUGGUUGACCUGUGCCGGAUAUCCGGGUUCGUAUUCGAACGAGCUUCUUGACGCUACGACCUACCAGAAUUGGGGCUUCGACUACCUGAAAUAUGACAAUUGCUACAUCCCGUUCGACGAUGUAAUCCGGGAGGGGACUUUUGGCAAAUACCAGCGAAUGUCGGAUGCUAUUGCCGAACUGUCCUUGACCUCGCGCCAGCCUCCCCUCAUCUUCUCCCUUUGUGAAUGGGGCUGGAGUCAAGUUUGGAUCUGGGGAGCGCAGGUCGGAAACAGCUGGCGGGUUGACGGGGACAUCGAGUCGAACUGGCCUGCGCUUUCCAGUAUCAUCAAUUUAGCCUCCUUCAUCACCCAGGGCACUGACUUCUAUGGCCGUAAUGAUAUGGACAUUCUUGAGGUCGGCAAUGGCAACCUGACCUACGACGAGAACAAGUCUCACUUCACAGCAUGGGCACUCUUCAAGUCACCGCUUCUGAUUGGAACAAAUCUUUCGGCGGCUUCACCGGAAAUCGUUGAGAUCCUCUCAAACCGAGAGAUCUUGGCUAUCAAUCAGGACCCUGUGGUCGGGACUAGUAUUUCGCCCUUCCGAUGGGGCCUCAAUGCCGACUGGACCAGCAACGACUCAUAUCCGGCUCAAUACUGGAGUGGCCCCAGCGAGAACGGAACGGUCGUUAUGCUGCUUAACACGCUCGACGAGCCCGCUAACAUGUUCUUCAACUUGACCGAAUCGCCGUGGAUCCGCGCCGGCAGACAGUAUGCAGUUCGGGACCUGUGGACUCACACGGACAACGGCACCGCGGUCCGUAACUUCACUGCGACAGAUGUCCCGGCACAUGGCGUUGUAGCUCUGCUGCUUCAAGAUGCCGGGGACGAGCCCGCGGGGAUAUAUCCGUUAUGCUCUGUGUAUUAUCAGUGCUCGAGCGAGAACGGCACGCUUGUUGACGGUUCGUGAUUCCACGAAACGGCUGGAGAAU